AUGAACUUCUUCAGAUCCCGCCCGGACACAGGCUGGAUCCCCGUCGGCGCGGCAUCGUCAUUCCCCAACCUGGGCCCCGACGCACCCAGCCUGAUCCAGCAGCGGCCCUGCCAUGACGCCCGUCCCGCGCCGGCGCCCGGAUGCAAGGUUUUCCACGUCCCCCGAGACCACCAGCCCUCCCGGGCGUCCGAGAUACACGUCUCCCGCGAGGGUCUGCCGUCUCCUGCUACGGGAGACGAGCUUGUAGACCAAGUGCUGGUGUUCCGGUACCGAGGGAAAUUCCACGCAGUGGACCAUUGCUGUCCGCAUCAGUCCUAUCCUCUGUCGAAUGGGAGCCCGUUCGACAUUGAGGACUUUGGAGUCGUUCUUAGUGCCGGGCUGGCUUGUCCGAAACAUGGCUGGUCGUUUGACCUUUUUACUGGCACGGCGGACCGGGCAGCGUACAAACUAGCUGUUUGGGAAGUUCAACUACGCGACAAGGACGGGGUUCAAGUUGUUGAUAGCAAAGGGGAUGGCGACGUGGGCGCUCGGGAUGAGACUGUAUGGGUGAGACGGAAGCCGCGAGUGGGCUGA